UUGUAAUAAUGUCUGGACUCGUUUGAAGUCAAAGUGGAGAACUAAAUUGGUUAUUGUUUACGUAAUUUAGUAAAAUGUGGUUCUUACUAUGUUUGCUUUUUAUAUUUUUCAUGGUAGUUUGUGAUGCUAACUAUUUUGUUCGAGUGUAUGUUACUGUGAUCGGCAGCAGAUUAUUUAACAGUAAAAUAAGUAUCAAAGAUACUGCCACUAUUUAUGGAAUUUGCACACUCCAAGAUUGCGACAUCACUUUCACUAGUAUUCGCCUAUCCAGACUAGUGAGAGACCUGGACUUUGCCCGCUACCAGUUCUAUGACCGCACCGGCAUAUACCAGCGAAGCCAGGAGCUGCGUAUCAAAUCUUUGCAGGGAUGCACACUCACUUGUACAUCGGAACCUGUUCCAUUGUUUAAGUUUUAUAGAAUUGACACAAAGCUCGUGUAUUGGGACGACCGUUCUCUGUUCUUCGAGCACCAAGUCGUCACGACGGCGGACGGCAAAGUCCGUUCGUUUCUCGUCUCCCGGCAGCAUGCUAUUGGAGACGACGGUCAGUCCACCGAGGCCCUUCUCGAAGGCUUGACGGGAUCCGACGUGAGGCCAACGUGUCCAGACUACAUUCAGACCUGGCUGAAGAGUAUGGAGAUAUCUAGUAAAAAGUUGAGAGCUUGAGUACUUAAUAUGAUACCUAUGUUUA